ACAACUACCCUGAGGGUCGAGCAUGAGAUGCCCAGCGCCGGUGUGCUUAAAGGACUUGAGAUAUGGGGGGGAGUGCUCGGCGCUCUACUAUCCUGCUAUGCCUUAGUGCAGUGGCGGGGCGUUCUGCGCAGAGGCGGUCUCCAAUUUUCCCUGCUGCCAUUGCUGGCGGGAGCUAUAGCCGACGCAAUGUAUUUUGCGGCGUGGGUGGCGACGCUGCACGCUUUAGCGGCGGAGGCAGGCUCCCAUGGACUGACGCUGCCGCCAGCGAUCGCCGAAGAACAUAUCAUCAGGGCGUUCGUCGUUUCAUCUAUAUCCUUAAAGGCAAUAAAAGCGGCUUGGGUAAACUGGCGGCAAUGCCGCUGUGACAUUUUCUUUUUGGAUUGGUCUGAAUAUAAUCCACCUAUCAAAGGUGAGUAUGACCACAAUUUGUGGAAGACCAUGAUGGUAGCUCGAGAAUGGUCCUCAAUGCAGACGAAGAGACGAGCCAACCCCGGGCUUACUGUAGCGCUGGCUCUCGUUAUUUUACAUCUCCUUGCUCCCUGGCAACUUUCCCUGCCCAACAGCCCAAGUUACACCUGGGCCGUGGGUACACUCGCGUGGUGGGCGGCCUACGCCCCCGUCCUGCUUGCCCAGUGGGCGUGGGACCGGAUAGUGGGGUCCCCAACGCUGGGCAUAGCGCGCGUGUGCGACGGUGUGGGGCUGUCGCUGCUGGUGUUUCAAGAGGAGUUAUAUGCGCAUUAUGUGCACGGCAGAAACAAUGGGUCCCCGGAUGCCAAAACCAUGUCGGGCCCGCUGGAGGCGUGUCGAGUGGUGUGCGCGCCACAACUCAGGAACGUUUACAAGCAGCUGGCGACCGCUGGACUAGGAGCUAUGGACGAGCAUGAGACGAGACAAGCGCUUCUCUCGAGGUUUUUAGCUGCGUUUUUUGAGCGGGCUCUAGAUGGUCUCAGCUGGGUUGCCAGCGAGCGAACAGUAAUGGAGCGACUACUGGACGUGGAGCUGGUAGCUCGAGAGGCUGGCAACACCAGCGCACUGCUGUAUGACCCUGACAGCAUGCCUUCGUGUUUCGCCCUCAGUUGGUGGGGUGAAGAAUGGACGUUGGCAACCCUGGACGCCAUGUUGUUUGGAUGUAUUCUGUUGGUCACUAAAGACUGGCUGCUGGCCGCCUUGGUCACUCUGGCAGUGUGGCAGAUAGCGAAGCAGCUGCGAGCGUGGUUCGGUGACAAGAAUCUUAAACAACACAUCGGUAUUGGAGACAUACUGUAGCGAAGCAAUCGCCCUACGUACCUCGUCCAAGAAAGUACAUUAAACGGUGAGUUCCAUCUAAAAUGAUUAUCGUAUUUUCUGCUGUUCUGCUCAAUUGCAUUGAAAUAAUCGCAUUCGACGAGUUGACAUCGAGUUACGAAAAUAAAACAUGCACCGAUAAAUCUAAAUGUAUCUUACGAGGAAAAAAUACUACGGAAGAAUAUAUUCAAGUUACCAGAGACUUUGACAGCAGGGAAUGGUUCCACUUUACUACAGAAAAAGAGAUAUUUGAGAUACUUCGCACGCCAAAGAAACCAAGAGUACCCCAUCCAGCUGAAGGUGCCUUUUUCAAUUUUACCCUAGAUAUGUUUGAGACAAUAUUAAAUAAAUUGCCAUUUCGUAAGAUAGGUGGGUUGUUCAGUAUGCUAGGACGCAACUUAAAGGGAUCAUCAACAAGCCGUCGACGUUCUUGUGAAUCCUUCCUGAGAUACUUUGUGAAACGAUUGUCAAGGAAGUCUAAAAUACUGUCUCGAAAAAAAGCGUCAAAGAUUAAAGAAAAAGUAACCGGUUUAAUUAAUGAUACUCUUGAAGAAAAACCAAGAAGAAUGGAUUUUUUUCUAGCUAUGAACUCGUUAUUUACCUGGAAGUAUGAGAUUAAACUGCACGAGUAUAUUUACUAUCUCCACGGUUACGCGAAGGGCCGGGAAGGGAAGCGUCUCAUGAACCGCCAGACCAAGUUGAUGAUCAGACAUAUAUUUUAUGUGCUGGAUAAACAAAGAAGUACUGUCAGAAAUGAUGUGAUAAUGAAACUGAUGUUAGCUUACGAGGAGUAUUAUAGGAAAUAAAAUUAAAGAUAUGUGUAGUAAAUUUAAUUUUGCGUAAUCAUUUUUGUUCAGUAAUUAUUUCGGCUUAAAUAAAACUUAUUUCCAGAAAAUACAAAUCUAAUUUAAAACUAAUUACUAAUUACUACUAAUUAUAAACCUAAACAAGCUACAACUACAGAAAACUUAAAUGGGUACUAAACAUAAAAACUAAAAAUAAAUAACCUCCCUAGCCUCCUGAAAACUCUCCAAAAUGACCCCCCAAACAGAGCCUAGCUUCUGUACAAAGAACGAGCCGCCCAUAUGGUCACAGUAUAAGGAAAGUGUCUUGAGAUAUUGAU